AGUAGAGUGAUAAAUAAUUGAGAAAAUGGGAAAGAUAAUGAAACAGUAGUUAGAAGCAAAUAGCAUAGCAUUAAGCAGUUCCAUCCAUUUUUGUUCCUUACACACUUCGUUUUCCCGCAAAAUUGUUUUUCUUUCUCUGUGCUUUUCUUUUCUUUCUCUUCCGUUCAUUCAUAAAUCUCAGAGACGUUCAUCAGAUUCAGCGUCCUUGUUCAUCUUGAUCACCACUCAUGGAGGUCCGUUCCAACCCUGCCGCCGGCAACUCCUUCGACCACCGGCGACCGCCCGAAGUUCCGUCGAAGCAGCAGCUGCCGUCUCCUCACUCCGUCGAUACCUCCGCCGUUUCUCAGAGACUCCAGAAGGAACUAAUGGCUCUCAUGAUGAGUGGAGGAGAUCUUGGAGUAUCGGCUUUCCCUGAUGGUGAGAGUAUUUUUACAUGGAUUGGUACAGUUGAAGGUGGAAAAGGAACUCUAUAUGAGGGUUUAUCUUAUAAACUCUCUUUACGUUUUCCCCUGGACUACCCUUUUAAGCCCCCACAAGUGAAGUUUGAGACAAUGUGUUUUCAUCCAAAUGUUGACCAGUUUGGCAACAUUUGUUUGGACAUCCUUCAGGACAAGUGGUCUUCAGCUUAUGAUUGCAGAACUAUUCUUCUGUCUAUUCAAAGUUUAUUGGAAGAGCCUAACUUGGAGAGUCCUCUGAACAGCUAUGCUGCAGCACUAUGGAAUGAUAAGGAAGAUUACAGGAGAAUGGUUCACAAACAGUAUUUUUCCGGAGAAGCUCUUGAAAGCUGAUUAAUACAAUUCCAAAGCAAGAUCAGUUAGUUUCCACAUCAUUGUUGCAAAUGUUUCCCUGAAGAUAUGAAUGUCAUUUUUUUAAUUUGCUUUGAUAUUGUAACCUGAAACCACGAGAGUUCAAAGUGAUUUGAAAAAGUCUUUUAAUAACAUUCUGUAUAAAAGUAGUAAAAGUUGUCAUUGCAAAAAAGUCACAUGAUCCAAUUGACUUCUUUGUAAUAUUUUUUUUUUUUUCUUUGGAUGUACAAUUCUUACAACUGUAUAUUGAUGUCACGUAUUAUCUACUUGAAGUUGAUACAGGGAUUCAUCUAUUUGGAUUACUGGA